GAGCCGAAGCCCGAAGCCGAGCCCGAGCCCCGCGGGACGGACGGUGAGCCUGCCCGCCAGCCGCGCGCGCCAAGGACCUACUAAGCGCCAUAGCGAUUCCAUUUGCAGGUGUUCACGGGUGCUGCUUCCAGGAUGGAUUCCGCGAUCAGCACGCUCAAGUUUGUGGGGAAAUCUUUGUACUACAUGUUGGAAGCCCUCUUCUUCUGCAUAGUCCCAAAGAGAAGGAAGAGCGUGGCUGGCGAAAUCGUCCUUAUAACUGGGGCAGGAAGCGGGAUCGGGAGGCUGCUGGCCCUCAAAUUUGCCCGUCUUGGCGCCAUCCUGGUUCUCUGGGAUGUCAAUGAAGAGGGCAACAAGGAGACGGCUAAGUUGGCCCAAGAAACUGGCGCCGCGAGAGUACACGCUUAUACCUGUGACUGCAGCCGGAAGGAAGAAGUCUACAGUGUCGCCAGUCAGGUUAAAAGGGAAGUUGGUGACGUUACCAUCCUCGUCAACAACGCUGGAGUUGUAACCGGAAAGCGUUUCCUUGAUUCACCAGAUGAAAUGGUGGAGAGAUCCUUCCAAGUGAACUCCAUAGCACACUUCUGGACUUAUAAAGCCUUCCUUCCUGCCAUGGUGGCUUCCAACCACGGACACCUUGUUUCUAUUUCAAGUGCCGCUGGGUUAAUCGGCGUCAGUGGCCUAGCAGAUUAUUGUGCGAGCAAAUUUGCUGCAUAUGGAUUUGCAGAGGCUAUUUCUUUAGAAAUGUUUGCCCAAGGGGUGACUGGAGUUAAGAGUACUCUGGUUUGUCCGUAUUUUACGAACACUGGAAUGUUUGACGGGUGUUCGACCAGAUCUCCUCAUCUACUGCCUAUUCUGGAGCCAGAAUACGUAGCCAGUAAAAUUGUGGACGCGAUUCUCCAAGAGCAGGUUUACUUGUAUAUUCCACGAUCUUUGUACUUCCUCAUGGUUUUAAAAAGUAUGUUUCCUUCAAAACUGGGAUUGGCCCUGGGUGAGUUCUUGGGAGUCUUCAAUUCAAUGGAUCACUUCAGAGGCCGAGAGAAGAAGGACUGAAGCGUACGGUCUAGUGGAGAUGGUACCUGGAAAUCCAAAGCAGUGCCGCAGGAUGUUCGCUAGCUCAUGCGACGAGUAACAACUACUUUUUAAAUCUGCCGUUAUGAUCCUUAUUGCUCUUUUCCCACCAAUUAUCCAGUCCGUAUUUUGUAUGCCGGGAGGUAAAUUUCUCUCCCUCCAGUAGCUGUUCUCUCUUCCAGGGUGCCCAAUUUAGCCAGUUUUGGGGGAGGGAGAAGUGAGCCGUUCCUUGGUCCGGCCCCCCAGCAGGAAGUGUUUGCAUUUUCCUUGCCCGACCAGAGUGGAUGUACCGACCCAUGGUAAAAUUGGCUUUCUGAGGCUGUAAACUGGUGGGAGUGGAGGGCGAGAGUGGGAAAGGUGUUAGUGGAACAGAAAUAGUUUCUGCUCCUUAAACCGCCCCUCGCGCAGACCAAGCUCAACAUGGCUUUCUAGAAUCAAGGUCUCCUGGGGUUCAAACCCUGGAACGGGCACGGAAUUCCAGUUGUCCCAAGGCCACGGGAUGGCUAGCACCGGUCUUGGUGUCGAAUAAAUCCAUUUCUCACAAGUUGUGUGCGGGGGGCAUCCCCUGCCUUUAGGGAGUCUCCCCUCUGGCAAGGCCUGGAACCGAUAUAAGCGUGUCCCUAUGAACCAGACGGCUUUAGCUAGACCACCCGGAAGGAAAAGAAAAGAAGUCAGAGAGUUGAACGUUCAUGGCAGGAGGGCUUUCCCCACAGCUCCCAGGUUUUCACGUUCUCGUUCUUGCUCCUGGCAUGGGCGGCCUUCAGACAAAUAUAGCCCCAUCCAUCUAGGGCUUCCUAAAGAACAGUAACUUAGCCUCCUUUCUUACGCUCCCCUAAGCCGGCGGGCACGAGGGAUAUCAUUUUGGCACUGGCCAGAGGACAGCAGAAAAAUUGAGAGAAUUAACCGGCACUAAGCAUGUGAAUAUUGGUUCCGUGAGGUGGAAACUGAUUCUCUCUUGGAAAAAGUUUCCUCUAAAUAGCUGAUUCUGAUCAAUGUGAUCUGGCAUCUUGAAGGGAGUUUUCCAGGCAAAAGGCACCCCUAAUCAGUUUUCCACAAGUGCUGCAGUGGGGGGAGAAAAAUAUUUGGAGCCAAACAAAAGCCAAUUGUUGGAAAAUGCUUGCCUUGUGUAAAUAGCACUUUUGGGCCUAUGCUCACUAUUAAAACACUAUAUUCUCAUUCAGCAGCCUCAGCGUAUUUGGGGAAAAUUGGGCUCAAUGUAUUAAUAAU